AGUUCCGCCCAUACUCGCUCUUGGGGGAGAGGCUCAAAGACUCAGAACUCCGUUGGUGGAAUUGCCCACCGCUCAUCCCCGCCCCCUCACGCAAGGGGUGGAAACGAAAGCGUCACAACUUCCGGUUCCGGCAGCACCGGGAGUCCGGUCGAGAUGGAAAAUGCGACCGGAGGCCGACAGUCCCCGGGAAUGGAGGGUAGCGUGGGAGCUGCGGCCUAGAGGUCCGGGCUUGCAGUUCGCCCCAGACGCGGCGGAACCGUCCGGAUCUGAGAAGGUAAGAAACCACGGAUCGGCUUGGAGUGCGUGAGGAGUGGAGUCUCUGAGAACCCGCGCUUGUCAAGGAGUCAGCGGUGUCUGCGGUGCCCGGCUGCAGUGCCGUUGGAGCCGCCACGCAGUUUUGGGAUUGAAAGAGGAACCCAGUGAGGACAUCUCUUCCUGUCGGAGGAGCACGAGUUUUGUUGACAGCGCAAGAAGCAUGGCGAAAGGCGGCGUGCCCAAGGACCCAGAGGCAGCUGUGCGGGGGGCCUGGACCGAAGCUGCAUAAAGGGGGUGUCACGUGGAAUAUGUGGAGAGGAUUGUCAUGUGGUGUCUGCGAUGAGGGACCACGUGCUAACUAUAGAAGACCAAAGGAAGGCUGGGUGGGAAUCUCACCAUGUCCGAGAGAGGGGAUUAUCUUGAAGGAGAUGUCGGAGGCAUCACCAGAGACCUCACGUAGGGCAACGUAUAUAUAGUUCAGGAAGACAGGUGGGCAAGCCCGUCGAUGUAAUCAAAUUGCAUUUGGGAGAUAGCUCCCAGCAUGCAGAGCCUUCAUUCAGAUGCAGUGGGGAGAACAGAGAGAGGAAAUGCUGGUCUCUGUUCUCCUUGUUUCCAGUUGAGAAGUGAAGUCCACACCCUAUGGGUGUCUUGUUUGGUGGGAGUGGUCACCUGAAAGAAUUGGAAUGAAUCAGGGGAUCAUCACUGGGCCCAGUUCUGCUGACAGGUCAGGAUGGAGUCAGAGUGCUCCUAACCAAGCACAAUGGUCCUGGACUGGUGGAGGUGAGCAGAGUAAUCAUUAUACUGAGAAUCUUUAUAGUUAGAGGAAUGCUCCCCAAACUUUGAUAAAUAAUAUAAAUCAUUUGAGGGGUCUUGUUAAAACGCUGGUUCUUAUUCCGCAGAUCAAGAGUGGGGCCUGAGAUUUGGUAUUUCCAGCAAGCUCCCAGGUGAGAUCCAUGCUGCUGCUCAACUUUUAUAUCAGCCAUGGCAGGCUUUAUUAGCCCCAUUUCACAGAUGAGGAAAUGAAGUGACUUGGUUGCAGUCCCACACUAGUAGAUAUCCUGACUACCAGUGUUCUUACCAUUCAUUGUAUGACCUUGCCUUCUAGGUGACAGUGCCCUCUCCCAAGUCAGAGUCUUACCUCAGAACCUGGUGUGACUUUUCUGGUGCAGGGAGUGUGGCAGUGGACAGGAGAUGUGCAUACCUGAGCCAGGUUGUCUCUUUUUACCAGUGGGGUUGGUUACAGCUGGGUCAGCACAGGAAGUACUUCAACCUUUGUGCCUGUAACGGUGUUAAAAGGCAGAAGAAAAUCUAGAAUUAGAGCCAUGCAGACAUAAAGAAACUGGGCUGACUGAGUUGGAAGAAGGGAAGACUGAAGGAAGAUGGCAUACAGGUAUCAGCAAGGAGGAUUUUCCAAAGGGUAAAACAAGGGGAACUGGUUUCAUAUUUCAGCAGGAAGUUUGGAGAAUAUAUAACAAAGAACAGGCCCACCUUUUGGGAGCAGCCCCCAUCUGUGGGAGGGGUACAGGAGGUGAUUACAGUGCCCUCUCCCCACUUUGACUGUAGUAGCUUAUCCUUCUGAGGCAUGACCCUUAGUGGCUUCUCUUGUCACCAUGCUGAUGGUAGGAGUCACCUGCCCCAGCGUUUCCCCGCUUCUCUGGGAAUUUAAAAUUGACUGGUACAUGUGAGAGAUGAGGAAAGGGGGAAUGGGGCACAGGGUCCCCCUUAGUGUUUCUCAUCAAGAGGUGCUGGUACGCUGUGGUUCAGUUUGACAAGCUGCGAUGGUGCACAUGAAACCAAGUCCUGGAAAGGAAUCCUUUGCUGCUCUGUGUGACUCUCAGUUGCUCUGCCCUUCUGCCCUGCUUAGCACACAAGCCCAGCAGGAGGUUGUCCUGUCACAACAAUGCCUGCUCGGCCACUCAGCUUGACCAAGCCACAAGCACACUGGGAAAGCAAAGGCAGCUCUAGAUUUCUCCAGAACAAGGCUAAGAGAAGUCCCUGGGCAUCUGCAUGGCCACGAGCUUCUGCUUAACCUUUGGAUGAUCGGCAGUCAUGAGGGCAUCAGUUCACCUCCCACGGGUGGGAGUGACUUGGCUUUAGACUGAAGAGAGCGAUUUGUUUUGGAACUCCCCAGCCCCAUGGGGCUGAAGACAUGUGGAAUAGAGGAGAGAUCUUGGCUUACAUCCUGCCAACACCACUGAUCUCCUGCAUGACCUGAAGCCUGUUACUUUUAACCUCUCUGACCCUCCAUUUCCUCAUUUAUCAGAAGUUUCUAACUGUACCUACACAGAUUAAUUGUAAGGAUUACAUGCAUCAGUAGGUAUUCAAAAAAUCUGAGGGUCUCCCUGUCCCUCACCUCAGUGGUGUUGGAAACAUGACCCUGGGACCCUGGAUGACAAACACCCUAGGACAGGGGAGACAGUGACAUCGUCUCUUGAAAGGCCUCAGAAGAGAAGUUUGCCCCACUGGACUUGGUACGAUGGAGGACAAACGCAACAUCCAGAUCAUCGAGUGGGAACACCUGGAUAAGAAGAAGUUCUACGUAUUUGGCGUGGCAAUGACAAUGAUGAUUCGUGUCAGUGUCUACCCAUUCACGCUCAUCCGCACCCGGUUGCAGGUUCAGAAGGGCAAGAGCCUCUACCAUGGGACCUUUGACGCCUUCAUCAAGAUCCUGCGGGCAGAUGGUGUGACCGGUCUCUACCGGGGAUUCCUUGUCAACACCUUCACGCUCAUCUCUGGCCAAUGCUACGUCACCACUUAUGAGCUCACUCGCAAGUUUGUAUCUGACUACAGCCAGAGCAACACAGUCAAAUCGCUGGUGGCUGGUGGCUCGGCCUCUCUGGUGGCUCAGAGCAUCACGGUGCCCAUUGAUGUGGUCUCCCAGCACCUGAUGAUGCAGCGCAGGGGUGAGAAAAUGGGCCGCUUCCAGGUGCGUGGGGACCCAGAGGGACAAAGGGUGGUUGCUUUUGGCCAAACCAAGGACAUCAUGAGACAGAUCCUGCGGGCUGAUGGGCUUCGAGGGUUCUACCGAGGAUACGUGGCUUCGCUGCUUACCUACAUCCCAAACAGUGCUGUCUGGUGGCCCUUCUAUCACUUCUACGCAGAGCAGCUCUCAUACCUCUGUCCUAAGGAGUGCCCUCACAUUGUCUUUCAAGCCAUCUCAGGGCCCCUGGCUGCAGCCACUGCCUCCAUCCUCACCAAUCCCAUGGAUGUCAUCCGAACCCGUGUGCAGGUUGAGGGCAAGAACUCCAUCAUCCUGACCUUCAGACAGCUGAUGGCAGAGGAGGGGCCUUGGGGCCUCAUGAAGGGCCUCUCGGCCAGAAUCAUCUCUUCCACGCCCUCGACCAUCGUCAUUGUGGUGGGCUAUGAGAGCCUCAAGAAGCUCAGCUUGCGACCUGAGCUGGUGGAUUCGAGACACUGGUAACCAGUGGUGGGGAGAGAAACGUACCGUUUCCCACACUACUGGGUCGGGGGCAGAGUGAGGAAGAUAGCACCUUCUCCAAUGCCCCCACCAGACACCCAGCCCUGCCCUGGGCCAGGUGGCCUGUCUGGGACAGGGACAGAGACUUUGAACUGCUCUUGCCGAAGGGAUUCUAAGCCUGGACCCCUUGCCUACACUACUUUUAAUUCUCUUGCCAAACUGUGCUCCCUCACUUAGUCCCUGUACUCUAUCCCACCCUAAGGAAACCUCCACUUGCUAACCCUCCAGGUUUCCCCUUCUAUGUUCCUGAGAUCCUGAGAAGAGCUGUACAUAGAGCUUGUUUACUACCAGUGGUCUCCCUCGUGGGUUUACAGCCCAUGCUCCAAGCAGCUGUCAUCAGCCCUCCGCAGUUCUUCUUUUAGGCUUGCUUAUUUUUAUUUUGGAGCUGAGCUGCCCACCAGAUUACUCCUUUUUUCCCCACCACUGGGGCAAGGUGCCAGGUACUCUGCACAGGCAUUAGGAGUAGCAAAAACUCUCCUUGGAGGAGUUACUAGGUUGGGGAGAAAUGUUGAUACAUUAUUUUGUGGGUUUUUUGUUUGUUGUUUUUUUUUUAUUACCUCUGUGAACCAGACCAUUGUCUUAGUCCUGCUAAAGCACCAAUCCUGCAGUUGGAGCCCACCUCUUCCUCAGACAGGUGGAAAAAUGUAAUGUAGUUUUUUCCGUAAUCCCAGUUCCCUGUCCCCGAAGUUCCAGGAGCCCUGGAACAAUAUAAGCUGCUGGUUUCCUCUGGCCCAGAUGACUACAGUGGUGGGUGAAGUUCUAGGUAGAUCAGGCUGUUUGGGGCACUGGACUUGGAGCACUGCCUUGAAAAGUAAGGCUGAGACAGUAGUCGGUUUGAAAAGCAACAAGAGCGGGUAUGUGUCUGGCAUAUCUCCCUGCAGGCCAGCCUAGGAGAGGGCAGUGGAGGUUCUCAGCCCCAGGCAGCCCUAGACAAACACAGGUAUACUCUAAUCACUGGGACUCAUGGAAACAAACGCUAUCUCACAAAGGGAAUUUCUGCAAUGUGGAACUGUUUGUUUUUUUCUCCUUGGAUGUGAAGAGGUAUCCCAAUCAUGGUACCCUUUGGAGGGAUGCUUGGAGGAGAGUAAAGAGUGGGUCAGGAAGUUACCCAUACCAGGACCACUGCAUUUACCAGCCUGAUACUGCCGAGAUUAUCUGUUGACGCUGUCCUCAGAGGUGGGAGAUGGGCUCUCCUUCUUCCCUGCCGGACUUCCCUCCCCAACUCCUCCAACAAGCUUGUGUUGCAAGCGGAGAAGUGCAGCAAACAAAAUGAGAAGGCAUGUCAACCCUGCAUUUCUAUUUGAGAUAUCUGGCCUGGACAAUCCUUCAAACCUUCUUAUUGGUCCCGCCCACUGGGAAAGGCCAUGGUGCCAAUUUGAAAGGUGCUAGCUACCUGAAGCCUUGAUAUUUCUAUGGCUGCCCCACAUUCUUUCACCCUGGCCAGAUCAGAAUCUGAAAAUUGUAUUUCUCUACUUUUACUACCAACACUGCCCAUCUUGGUCUCCAUCUUUGAGGGUAUUUUUCCUUUUCAUUUAUUUUUAUUUUUGUUUGUCUCUUCCCACACUUUAUCAAAGGAGUCCUCCAAUUUCUAUCCAUGAGUGGCGGUCCAAAUGAUUGGGCCCACAGAUCGUUUUGAAUCUUCCUACACCUCAGUCACCUUUUUAUCUUAAGAACUACCAAUAUAAUGGAAGCAAGGGGCCUCUCCUUCUCUGUUUUCAAGCUCUUUGUAGGGAAAUCUUUGUAGAUUGGUUCUAUCUCCAUGUCUUCUCUCUAGAGACUUAUCUUCAGUUCCUCCCUACUACGGCAAAAUGAGUAAAGUAUCAUGGAUAAGAAGUGGUCUCCUGCCUCUCCUGUCUUAGUGUUUUCCCCUCCUAUACUGUUAUGUUUUCUUGUACAGUAUUUCACAGCUUUUGUCUCAUAAUCUUUCUCACACAGUUUUAAAGGAUAAUGUGUGUAUAAUUAAGGGGUCCCCUGGCCGCUACAUUUUCAUUUAAUAAGUUCAGGGACUGGGAUUGGGUUUGAUUAAAACAUGUCCUGGGGGAAAUUUAUCCAGUGAGUACAAGAGGGGGCUUCCGUUUCCCAAGAACCAGAGACCCGGCCAGCUGGAAUUUUUGAUGUAUUGGUUCGUGGCCAAAACUAUACAAGAAACUCUUGGAAGACUGGGCAAGACAGGAAACCUGAUGGGAGUAUUGAGGGGCGGGUGAAUGAAAAUCCAGGCGCACUUAGCAUUUGAUAAAGUGGACUCUUGUGAAUAUUAACAGUGAGUGUUCACUGUUGCACUGUACGAAGUCUCUGAAGUGUAAUUAAAGUUUUUAUUGAGCCCCUA